UACCGACACAAGGUCAUCACGCGUUCGCGAUCGUUCACCCAGCACCCUUCGCAGGUCACGUCUCCUGGUUGAAAACCCCACGGCAAUCUGAUCCAACGGCUGAAGAAAUUGAACAAAAUGGCUCUCCGUGUUUGUGUCACCGGUGCUGCAGGGCAGAUUGCCUACUCCCUCCUGUACUCCAUUGCCAAGGGGGAUGUGUUUGGAGCUGACCAGCCGCUGGAGCUUUUGCUACUGGACAUCCCACCGAUGAUGACUAUCGUGGAAGGUGUGGUCAUGGAACUCAGUGACUGUUCCCUGCCGCUUCUGAAGAAUGUGGUGGCCACUGCUGAUUAUAACGUGGCAUUUAAGGAUGUAGACGCUGCUAUUUUGGUGGGUGCCAUGCCGCGCAAGGAAGGGAUGGAACGCAAGGACCUUCUCAAGGCUAACGCCAAGAUCUUCGAGGGCCAGGGCAAGGUCAUCGACCAGAUUGCCAAGAAGACAGUGAAGAUUCUCGUAGUUGGCAACCCAGCUAACACCAACUGCUUGAUCACCAAGUCCUGUGCGCCAUCAAUCCCAGCGGCCAAUUUCUCCUGCAUGACCCGUCUGGACCAAAACAGGGCCCAAUUUCAGAUUGCCAACAGGGUGGGCGUGUCCUGUGACAAAGUCCGCAACGUGAUCAUCUGGGGCAACCACUCUGCCACUCAGUUCCCCGACGUCAGCCACGCCUCGGUCCUGGACAACAGUGGUAAGAAGACACCGGUCUAUGAGGCUGUCAAGGACGAUGCCUGGCUCAAGGGAGAUUUCAUCACUACCAUUCAGAAGCGUGGUGCUGCCGUGAUUAAGGCAAGGAAGCUGUCCAGUGCUAUGUCUGCAGCUAAGGCUGUUGGAGACCACAUGCGCGACUGGUGGUUUGGCACCAAGCCGGAUGAGUGGGUUUCCAUGGGUGUGAUCAGCGACGGCUCUUAUGGCGUGCCCGAGGGCCUCGUCUACAGCUUCCCGGUCAAGAUCACCGACAAAGAGUGGUCCAUCGUCCAGGGAUUGUCCAUCAGUGACUUUGCCCGCGAGAAAAUGGACCUCACGGCCAAGGAACUGCAGCAGGAGAAGGAGACUGCCUUGUCCUUCCUCUCCCAGUGACUGGCUCAAUCCCAACUGUAAAGGAAACCCCCAAACACAACCAGGACCAUUUAUCCUCCCCCCCCCGCCCCCCCCCCCCCCUUUCCUCCUACUGUACACAUCUCUCAGCUUGACCCAUAUUGUAAUCACAAUUUAGUUACUGUGCGUGUAACUUCCUAGCCAGUUGUUGAACGUGUGUACUCCACCAAGCCACUUUUACUGGCACACUGAAUAAGUAUGGGCCCAAUUUCACAGUGCCGCAUAAUUGUUAACAAAUUUUUUUUCCUAUAAUGGCACAAGCAAAUUACCGAAGUGAGCAUGUAUCUCACUAAGCACAGACAUUGCUGUACCAACAUCUUUAAAUCUCAUCCGCUUAUGCAAAAACUGUUCAUUGAAAGUGAUGAAAAGGAAAGUCUCCUGCUAAAGAUUGCUCCCAUUUUGACUGAAUUAAGAGUGUGGCAAUGCUUGAGCAAAAAUGAUCGCUUUAACAGUUACUAUUAAUUGAACAAUUUGCUAGGUUUGUUUAAGUCCAAAAAAUGGUUCACAGUGCAGCACUACGAAAUUGGGCCCGCAUCGUGAAAGAAAGGCAUAACCAAGAAGAACAAAGCCUUCAUAAUAUUUUUGCUGGUAGCCAGCAAUUUUCAGAUACUUGUAUUCCUACGCAAGUACUUCACCAAUGUUUUUGCUGUGCUUUGAAACUUGGCCACUUCAAACUUCUCAACAUUGCUAUGUACACAAAUGUCCUGUCUAAAAUGUCUCUAUACUCAGUGUGUCAGUGAAAUUGGUUGGAAGUCUGCUGCCCUGUUGUAGUAAAAACAAGAUUAAGUUGAAUUUGCUGUGAUCAAUUAUGUAUUUAUGCAUACUUCCUGUGAAAUUAGCUUCAUCAGUAUUUAUGUUUUUUGUAAUUUCUUCCAUAAGAUCAUAAAUUUCAUUCCUGAAGCAUUCGAGGAAAAGGAGCACAUGCACAGACAAAAAUAUUCAAAAGUAAUAGACCCAUCAUAUUUUUGAGUACAUCCCGGUACCAGUGAAAAAGCAAAAUCUUGUUCCGUAGCUUGUUGAUUGAGUAUUAUGCCUGGUACGGUUUGAUUCAGGCAGUUUUGCUGAAGAGGCGGGAUUAAACUUAGUUUCACAAAAGGUGAGGGUAUGAUCAAGAGCCUAUUAUUGCUUUGCAGUUUUGCAUAAGGCUCUCCAUACUAUAUUUGUGUUGGCUGCAAAUGCUUAAUAUUAUUUUCUUUCCUCUACCUGGCCUUUCUUGAGGAUCCGUAAAAAAAAUACUUGACGGAGGGCAGGGCGUCUUUCUGCUGGUACCAGUAUUUGGGUGUGCAUGUUUUUCUUAUUUUGUCAAAACUCCUUUUGUCAAAACUGUGUCAUUGGUGAAAUUUCUAUAGAACAAAAAAUAUUCUGCCUGGUCAAAUCCCGCUGCAGAUGUUUUGAUGAUUGCAAAAUUCCCCAAUUUAACGAUCAUUCAUAAAUACCCGAGACAGUUUACCCAUUCCUAUUGGUUGAGAGGCCGUCACGUGGUUGGUUUUUAACAGCUGGUGAAACACUGCUGCGUAGUAUGCGCCGUGUGUCUUCCAAGGUGAGGCACAUACCAUAGUCAUGGCCAGAGGGUGUUUCACAAAACAAGAAGUAAAAUUGUUGAACCAACUCAUUGAAAAUUAGUGACUUUUUACUUUUUGACCCUCGUCUUCGGCUCGGGUCAUUAUCUGCAUCAAGGCCCGUAGCGGGUUUUAAACGUACUUGUUUAAAACUGGCCAAAAUACAAUUUAUCCCUAUUUUCACUGAUGUUAAAAAGAUUUUAAAGGUCCUCUCAAUAGGACAAAGGGUUUGUAUACAGCUUUGGGUUUUGGCAUACUAAGAAUUCAAAAGUACUAAGAUUACAGAAUAGAAUAAUGGCAUAAAUUAUAAGCAAUUUACGACCAUCCUCAUAUUUAGACUAUCCACCUGUGUUCUGUAAAGGAGUUUUCUAACAGUUGUUCAAGUCUUGCCGAUCUUGUGGCAUUUCAGGGGAAAAAAACUUUCCUUCUUAGAGAACGUCAUGAAUGACAGUGUGCAUCUAAACCUUGACAGUACCCCCUCUGCCGGGAACGAUACCCACUUGAAUUUUGGACUCCCUAUCAAGAAGUGGAAGUGUUUUUCCUAAUUCUUGUUUUUGUCAAGAAGGAAAUGAAAUUUCAAAUUAUAUGAAUAAUUGCCCUGUCCAUUUGCAAUAUUUCUGAAACAUUUUAAUCAUGGAAAAGUCAAACACAAAAAUGAGGAAAAUCCAUUAUUCAGGCAAGGUUUGUUGAUUCGGUGAUUGGGGUAAUUUUGUCGUCGACUCUUGAACCAAUUGGAAAAUUACAAAACAGCCCUGUAGUUCUUCGUUCAUACAGCCUUGUUCCACAUAAUGUAUUUGAACACUUUACUUUCGAAUCCUGCUAUGUAUGUUGUGUAAAGAAAAACAAUCACAAUUGAGGCUGUUAAAAUUGAAAGUGUAGUAAAUGGGUUUAUCGUGUUUUAAUGAUAAUAUGAUGAAAAGUUACUAGUUAGCUCUAGAAAGCAAUAAAGGCAUGCCUAAAUAUUGGCUUGGUACUCUCCUUUUGACUUAUUUUAGAAGAUAGUAAUUUCAGUGUCUGAUAUGACAUUUGACAAUUUUGAUUGAUCUCUGCCAAAACAAUUAGUAAACCAGUUGAAAAUAUAUCUAGAUUUGAUUGAUGAGUAAUCUUGUGAAGAUUGUGAUAUAGUGAUUUUUUCAUGACAUUUGUGUGCAGUGAAAAAAUCAAUAAAACGUAAUGUAAUUACCAAGAACCAAUCAAA